AUGGUGGAUGUUACGGACAAUGUGCAAGGUGGUGAGAAAGCAAUUGUUUUUAAUAUGGUUGAUGUUGUGGAUGGAGCACAGGACAGGGAUGGCCAGAAAACUAGUUCUCCUAAAAGAGACCUUGUAGGAAAUAAAGAGGAUAACUUUGAGCCACAUGAUAGUGUUGAAUUUGAAUCACAUGAGGCAGCAUAUUCGUUUUAUCAAGAGUACGCUAAGUCAAUGGGGUUCACCACCUCGAUAAAAAACAGUCGUCGCUCAAAGAAAACCAAAGAAUUCAUUGACGCUAAAUUUGCAUGUUCAAGAUAUGGAGUCACACCAGAAUCAGAUAGCACUAGUAGUAGACGACCAAGUGUGAGAAAGACGGAUUGUAAAGCCAGCAUGCAUGUGAAGAGAAAUCGAGGUGGAAAUUGGUAUAUCCAUGAAUUUAUAAAGGAGCACAAUCAUGAGCUAUUACCUGCCUUAGCAUAUCAUUUCCGAAUUCAUAAGAAUGUUAAAUUAGCUGAAAAGAAUAAUAUCGACAUUUUGCACGCAGUUAGUGAACGGACAAGAAAGAUGUAUGUUGAGAUGUAUAAACAAUCUGGUGGACUUCAAAAUCUAGGCCUCAUAAAGAAUGAAUUUGAUCAUCAAUUUGAUAGAGGUUCGAUAUCCGAGGAGGGUUACAAUAUAGCUUAUCGUGCAUUAGGUGAAGCUCUGAAGAACUGUGUGAAUGUUAACAGAAGUGCUGCUGAUUAUAGCAGCAAUGCUAUUGCUCUUCGUUGUGCUGAAGAAGAGAAUCAGAUAGUCCAGGUUACCAAAACAAAUAAGAAGAGUACAAACAAGAAAAGAAAGUUACAAUCAGAGCCAGGAGCUGUAUUCGUUGAGGCUCAAGGCACCUUACAACAAAUGGAGAAUUUUAACUCAGAUGGAAAUACCUUAAAUAGCUACUAUGGGUCCCAGCAGAGUAUGCAUGGGCUGUUAAAUCUGAUGGAGCCACCCCAUGAUGCUUACUAUGUAAGUCAACAGAAUAUGCAGGGACUGGGACAGUUAAACUCAGUUGCGUCGAGCCAUGAAGGUUUUUUUGAGUCUCAACAAAGCAUGACUGGACUGGGACAUCUGGAUUUUAGGCCACCAAGUUUCAGCUACGGUCUGCAGGAUGAGCCUAAUGUGAGAUCAACUCAGUUGCAUGGUACUGCUAGGCAUGUAUGA